GUGUGCCGGUGAAGGCUUCGUUAAGCCAGUGGAGGUCGUGUCUCCUGUCUCAGCUCAGCUAGCCUCCAGCUCUCUCUCGUCCAGACUAAACACCCGCAAACAUGCAGGAGUGGGCCAGCCAGCUAUGCGAGAACCGACAGUUUGGAACCAAGAUGACGGACUCCAAAUACUUCACCACAACCAAGAAAGGGGAGAUCUUUGAGCUCAAGGCAGAGCUUAACAGUGAUAAGAAGGAGAAGAAAAAGGAGGCUGUAAAGAAGGUCAUUGCAUCCAUGACUGUGGGCAAAGAUGUCAGUGCCCUUUUCCCAGAUGUUGUGAACUGCAUGCAGACGGACAACCUGGAACUAAAAAAGUUGGUCUACCUCUACCUGAUGAACUAUGCCAAGAGUCAGCCAGACAUGGCAAUCAUGGCUGUUAACACGUUUGUGAAGGACUGUGAAGACCCCAACCCUCUUAUCCGGGCCCUUGCUGUUCGCACAAUGGGUUGUAUUCGUGUGGACAAGAUCACAGAGUACCUUUGUGAGCCUCUGAGAAAAUGUCUGAAGGAUGAAGACCCGUAUGUGAGGAAGACAGCUGCUGUGUGUGUGGCAAAGCUGCAUGAUAUCAACGCCCAGUUGGUGGAGGACCAAGGCUUCCUGGACACUCUCAAAGAUCUCAUCUCUGACUCCAAUCCUAUGGUUGUAGCAAAUGCAGUGGCAGCGCUGUCUGAGAUAGCGGAGUCUCAUCCCAACAGUAAUUUACUGGACCUGAACCCUCAAACCAUAAACAAGCUACUCACAGCUCUUAAUGAAUGCACAGAGUGGGGACAGAUAUUUAUCCUCGACUGUUUGGCCAAUUACACACCCCGUGAUGACCGUGAAUCCCAAAGCAUCUGUGAGCGCGUCACCCCACGACUCUCCCAUGCCAACUCGGCAGUGGUUUUGUCAGCAGUUAAAGUUUUAAUGAAGUUCAUGGAGAUGCUCCCCAAAGAUUUGGACUAUUACGGCACUCUGCUGAAGAAACUUGCCCCGCCACUGGUAACACUCCUCUCUGCUGAACCCGAGUUGCAGUAUGUGGCACUCAGAAACAUCAACCUCAUUGUCCAGAGGCGCCCAGAGAUUAUGAAGCAUGAAAUGAAGGUUUUUUUUGUUAAGUACAAUGAUCCCAUCUACGUCAAACUGGAAAAGCUGGACAUUAUGAUUCGCCUUGCAUCUCAAGCCAACAUUGCCCAGGUUCUGGCUGAGUUGAAGGAGUAUGCUACUGAGGUAGAUGUGGAUUUUGUGCGUAAAGCGGUCAGGGCCAUUGGCCGCUGUGCCAUCAAAGUGGAGCAAUCAGCAGAGCGCUGUGUCAGCACCCUGCUAGACCUCAUCCAGACCAAGGUGAAUUAUGUGGUGCAGGAGGCUAUUGUGGUCAUCAAGGACAUCUUCCGAAAGUACCCCAACAAAUAUGAGAGUGUGAUUGCAACUCUUUGUGAGAACCUUGACUCUUUGGAUGAGCCUGAAGCACGCGCUGCCAUGAUCUGGAUUGUGGGAGAGUAUGCUGAGCGCAUUGACAAUGCAGAUGAGCUGCUGGAGAGCUUUUUGGAAGGUUUCCAUGACGAAAGCACUCAGGUGCAGCUGCAGCUGUUGACGGCAAUCGUCAAGUUGUUCUUGAAAAAGCCUACUGAGACACAGGAGCUGGUGCAGCAGGUUCUAAGCCUUGCCACGCAGGACUCUGAUAACCCAGAUCUCAGGGACCGAGGCUACAUCUACUGGCGUCUGCUUUCCACGGACCCAGUUGCGGCUAAAGAGGUGGUUCUGGCUGAGAAGCCACUUAUUUCUGAGGAGACGGAUCUGAUUGAGCCGACUCUGCUGGAGGAGCUUAUCUGCCACAUUGGUACUCUGGCCUCUGUCUACCACAAGCCUCCCAGUGCCUUUGUUGAGGGCAGCCGUGGUGUUCAGCACAAGAGGCUCCCUGGCAGUGCUGGAUCUGGAGAGAGUGUGGACAGCCCAGACACAGGCUCUGCUGCCGCGGGUUCUGAUGCGCCUCCUGCUGUGAUCCCAUCCCAGGGAGAUCUCCUCGGAGAUCUUCUCAAUCUAGAUCUGACACCUCCUGCCUCCACUGGACCGCCCCCAUCAGCUCCAUCUUCUGGCAUGCAGAUGGGUGCCAUGGACCUUCUUGGAGGGGGACUGGACAGCCUGAUGGGGGAUGAUUCUGAGCCGCCGCCCGUUCCUCUGCGGUCGGACACUCCUCAGUCUCCUCAGAUCCCACAUCAGUCCCCAUCGCCCCCAGAUUACAGCCCUUCUGAGCUCGGUGGAGACCUUGGAGGAAGUCCUGCUAUGGGGGCUGGUUUCGGCGCUGCUCCAGCUGCAGCGCCAGCCUCUUUUAAUGCUCCCGUCAGUGGGGGUCUGGACGACUUGUUUGAUCUUGGAGGUGGAGUUGGCAUGCCUAUGGGAGCUUACAGCCCUCCGAAAACUGUUUGGCUGGCAGCAAUGAAGGCGAAAGGACUUGAAAUAUCAGGCACUUUCGCUCGCCGUGCUGGUGUCAUCCAAAUGGAGCUGACUUUCACAAACAAAGCAAUGACUGUUAUGAGCGAUUUUGCCGUUCAAUUCAACAAAAACAGCUUCGGUCUCGCUCCAGCUGCUCCGCUUCAGGUUCUGACCCCUCUUAGCCCAAACCAGACUAUUGAAGUGAGCCUUCCCCUAAGUACUGUUGGACCUGUUAUGAAGAUGGAUCCUCUCAACAACCUGCAGGUGGCUGUUAAGAACAACAUUGACGUAUUCUAUUUCAGCAGCCAGUACCCCAUCAGCAUGCUGUUUGCAGAGGACGGAAAGAUGGAGCGCCAAAUUUUCCUCGCAACAUGGAAAGACAUUCCAAAUGACAAUGAAUCCCAGUUUCAGAUCAAAGACUGCCAUCUCAGUUCAGAUGCCGCCUCCAACAAACUGCAGGCCAGCAACAUAUUCACCAUAGCCAAGCGUACAGUGGACGGCCAGGACAUGCUGUAUCAGUCCAUGAAACUCACCAACGGCAUCUGGGUGCUGGCUGAGCUGAGGGUGCAGGCUGGAAACCCAAGUUACACUGUCUCUGUGAAGUGCAGAGCUGCAGAGGUGUCGCAGUGUGUGUUUCAGAGCUACGAGGCAGUGCUGAAGAACUGAAAAAGCUCCCAAGCAUCCAGCCAGCUGCUGCCCUCACAGACCUCCUGGCAUCUCCUUUGUCUUUCUCACCGGACCCACGAGCUGCAUUACAUCGUCACGCAUUGCAGGAACUCCGUCCUGCAGCAUUUGACUGCAGACAUGAUCAUCCAGCCCUUUCAUUUAGUGUGAUCUUUCAAUAUAUUUUUCCUAUGACACUGCAAAGAUUCUCUGUUCCCUGUCUCGACCAGCUUCAUUGUGCACCCCUACUCUUGUGUUUGUCCCCACAAAAUCAUUCAGUUUCAUGACAUAACCUCGAACAAAAUUAUCAGAGCAGUGCAAUUUUUCCCUGCCUGAGCCAUCCUGUAAUGAUCCUUACAAGCCCCACUUUUCUUCAAAUUUAUGUCCAUUUUUAGCACUUGCAAUCAGAAAGUGAAUUGCCACUUUUGUGUGUUUAUUUGGGGGUUAUUUGAAUUGAGAUGCUGUGGAAAGUGACUUUAACUCUCCUCAUGCUCUACAGGUGUGAGGUGAACAAUGGCUGUGAGAGCCCAAGAAGAGACGCAUUUAGUUAAACUACACUAUUGUCUUUAUUUUAUAGAGUUCUCUUUAGUUUUUGCGUGGAGAAGUGGGAUCCUCUACUGUCCCUGAAAGCAAUGUGUGAGUGGAAAAUUGUGUUGGUGUGUUACUUUAAUUUUGACAUCAAUAUCUUGACAUUUUAUAGACUAGCAGCAGAUGUGCUCUGACUGCUCUCUUGCUUAGUCAUUCCAUGGUUUAAUUAGUGUCUGUAUUCUUGUUAGUGUACAUGUGACAAACUAGGUGACAGCCUGAGGGUGUGAGGAUCUUGCAACUUUGCUCUCUGUAUGUUCAGAGCAGUUUCGUUGCCACCGGACAUGAAGGCCCAGGUGACAAACACAAAUAUCAAGUUUUGUUGCACACGGAUCUACCUGAAGCAGGCUAGAACAACAUCCUGUGCAGAUCAUUUGAUGUCCAAUUGUUACACUGAAGCCCUGUUCCGCUGUUUGGGGUGAAUGCAGUUGCACCUUUACUGAUCACAAUGGAGCAAGCUGUGUAUCCUGAGUAUUUGUCUCUUUGUGUUUAAUGACUGAUUCAUAUGAGAUGCUGUAUAAAAUUAAAUCAAAUGUUUAAUCAGAUGUUUUUGAUUUGCAUACAGUUGUGUGUACAUCAUUUGAAAAGAACUAUUAAAAGUCUGGAUAAAAUCA